AUGUCCCGUCUCAGAGCCAUCACCGACGUGCUACGGAUCAGCGCAUUGUCCCAGUCGAGCAUCACCCCCGGACCGGACACGCCUUGGUCGCCACUCGGCAGCGGAAAGGACACGCUCCGAACGGAGUUGGAGAAGCUCUACUGGGAAGGAGUCCGUGCCGAACUCGAGAACAUCAUCCGCACACUCAAGGCGUGGCAGCAGCCCGAAUUCAGCGUCGUUGCAUGCCCCGACGAGAAGGACGACCUCGUUCAUGGGUUCGACACGUUCAUUGACCAAGUGAGCGAGAAAACGCGCGACUUUGCAAUCCGUUACGCCAAAACUCCGAAACGAGGGGAGACGUAUGAAAGAGCCUUGGAGCAAGCGGUCAGGGACCGAAGGGCCGAGUAUGUGAGCGCCAAGUUGAAGGCUUCCGUGAGAGGGGGGAUUGAUUCGCUUCCCAAACUCGAAGGAUGGGAACAGCGGGCGUGGGCGUUGCUUCAAGCUUCUGGGCUUCUUGAUAUCGAAAAGGUGAUGGAACACCGGCCUCCGGUUGAAAAACUGGGGACAGACAAGCGGCCGUCCAUUCCUCAACGUACGUUCGGAAGCUCCAACCCGGAGCUGCGGCCUCUUCAUUGUGAAAGGCCAGACUGCGGGAAGAUGAUCACGGGAAGCAUGUUCACGUCCCACGGCUCGCAAGACCCAAGGGUGGUCUGUGAGGACUGCUACUGGCAGCACUACUACGGCAGCGACUCUUACACCAAGACGUACAAGCACUGCGUCUUGCAAGCGUCAAUCACUGCCGAAAAGAGCAGAGAGCUGUGCAGCUGCAAUGCCGUUCCUCAUCAUGACGCCUCCGGCAAGCCCGUCAGCCUAUUUCGCGUUGAGACGGAGGCGAAGCACCUCAACAACUGUCGCCUCCUGAAAUUGGCCGAGCUCGUCCCGCGGGCCAAGUACAACGGGCUGCUUCAGACGGUGGAUAUCAAGGAGACCAAGGCGGUGGGCAUAUUCUCCCAGGAGACUCCGGCGGUACGAAACGGUUCCGUCUCCGAGACGACGCGGAAGAAGGCGUGGAUCCCGAACCUCGACGGCUCGGCCACGGACGCCGAGGCUGAUACGAACAUUCCGUUGUUCCUCAGAAAGUUUGCGAGGAAGAAUCCGUUCGGGGAUGUCCACAUGGCGCUGAGGGUUGGACCGCUGCUCAUCGAGAAUGGAGUUGCACACACUAAAGCGGGCGCAUUGGUGACUAUCCGAGAUAUGCCCGUCUUCCACGAGCGAUUUACCUUGUCUAGCCCCCGCGACAGGGCCCUCGCCGUAGCCGGGUCCUCGGACCGGACGUUGUGGCAGCAGAAGCGGAAGGCUGCGCUGCCCAAGCGGUACAAGGCCGUCAUGAAGCAGGUCGUCGGCGCACCCUUCACGGGACUCCUUCGACACGAAAAGGAGGUUGAGAUCGUCCGUGAUCUUCUGGCAGCGAGCAAGCUGCCUUUCGAAGAGAAAGAUGCUAUCCUCGACUCGGUGCUCGAAGGUCUCGGCCAGCAGUUGAAAGAGCUGAUGCAAGGUCGGCUUGAUGUUUACCUCGACAGCAUCGCCUCCCGCCUCGCCGACCCCCAAACACCGCUCACCUGGAGCGCAACAAAGAACAACUGUCAAGCAUUCUGUGCCUCUCUCGUCGACCUGAACCUCUUCGAGCCGCUCUCCAGGGCAGGGGGUCCAGGAUCAAGCAGCUACGUCCAACCCAAAGUCCGCCACAAAUUCGACGUUCCCCCGGGCAUCACCGACGAGUACGUGCAGCGCUUCCACUUCGGCGUGGGCCAGGACGCGGCCGACAUCCUCGACACGUGCCACGAGUACUGGCACGACUGGGGCGCCUUCGCCGGCGGGCCGCCCUACCCGCGCUACCAGACCCUCUUCCCCUGGGACUGCACCGAGGCGUUUGGGCGGUAUCCGACCCGUUGCGGCGGCAGCAGCAGCAGCAGCAGCAGCAGCAGCAAAGGAGAGGGAGGGGGAGUGGGGGGAUGCAACCUGGCCAAACACGUCUGGGCUUUCCCCUUUGACUCUUUCUCCUUCGUCUCGCACCACCUCACCCGCGAUAGGUAUCUCUAUCCUCCCCCUCCUCCCCCUCCUUCCUCUUCAACCUCCACUUCCGACCCUGUUAAAAAACAGUGGACGAUGACGAUGAUGAUGGAAACGCGCCUCCAACUCCUCCGCGCCUCGACCGCACUCGCCCGCGGCGCAGCCGCCAUGUCCCGCACACCAGCCUUCCACGCCGCCACCGCCUGGCUGCACAACUCCUCCUCUCACCUACUGCUGCAGCCAUACCUGGCCGUGGCGAGGGCCGCCAAGACGGGCGGCAUCCACCGCGCGCAGCCGUUCAGCCACUACUUUGAGGCCGGCCGCGGGGGGCGCUACUUCCUUGCCGAGUGGGCGCUGUUGUGGGGCGGCAGCAGGGAGGAGCAGGUGAGGAGGUAUGAGGCGCUGAGGGAGGAGAGGAUGCGCAUGGUGGAUGUGGAUGUGGAUGAGAAGUGGGGAGGGGACGCCGGGGGAGGAGGCUGUGCGGUUGUGAAUUGUGGCUCCAACUGUGGCAGCUGUAGCGGCUCGGCUGCCGCCUGCGUCGGGGGUUGUGCGAGCGGGGAUGGAGGAGGUGGAAGUGCCUGCGGUGGAGGGGGAGGUGAUAGCGGCGGCGGCGGUAGUGGCAGUGGUGGUGGUGGUGGUGGUUGCGGAGGUGGAGGUGGGUGCGGUGGGGGUAGUUAA